AUGGUUUCGUUUCGCUUCCCUUUCUCGUUUUCUCAGCCCUCAGUCCCGAAACCACCGCGUGCCACGUCAUCCUCAAGAUUCUCCGUUUCCGCCGUGGCAGUCACCGUCACCGUUGGCGCCGCUGCCGCUGGAGCCGCGAUCGCGGCGUCGCAGAAUCCCAGGCAUCCGAUUCUGGGCUGGAUCUCCAGUCAACGUUCGUCUCUGUUACCUUGGGGAUCUAUAACUCUCGCCGACGCUAGCUCCGAAUCCAUUGUUGAGCCAAAGACCGGUUUCUCGUUUCCGGCUACAAUAGGAGAUUCCCAGCGAUUACUCGGCGUCGGGCUGAGGAAGAAGAGCUUACUGGGAUUGAAGAACAUCGAUAUCUACGCCUUCGGUAAAUAA